AUGGAUGGAAACAGUGAGCGCAACUCUCCAAAAGAGGCACCAAAUAACACGGAGAUGCUCCUUGCUUUGCUGUCGCACAGUGAGGAGCUGCGGAAAGAAAUCCCCGUAUGUGCAGGCUGCAAUCAACACAUCGUGGACCGCUUUAUCCUCAAAGUGCUGGAUCGCCACUGGCACAGCAAGUGCCUGAAAUGCAGCGACUGCCAGGCGCAACUGUCGGAGAAGUGCUUCAGCAGGGGCGACAGCGUCUACUGCAAAGAGGAUUUCUUCAAGAGAUUCGGGACCAAAUGCGCAGCGUGUCAGCAGGGCAUACCGCCCACACAGGUGGUGAGGAGAGCGCAGGACUUCGUCUACCACCUACACUGUUUCGCCUGUAUCGUGUGCAAGAGGCAGCUGGCCACAGGUGACGAGUACUACCUGAUGGAGGACAGCAGGCUGGUGUGCAAGGCCGACUACGAGACCGCCAAACAGAGAGAAGCAGACUCGACUGCAAAAAGGCCACGAACGACCAUCACUGCUAAACAGCUGGAAACACUGAAGAAUGCUUACAAUAAUUCUCCCAAACCUGCCCGCCACGUCCGAGAGCAGCUAUCAUCAGAGACGGGCCUGGAUAUGCGGGUUGUGCAGGUUUGGUUUCAGAACAGGCGAGCUAAAGAGAAAAGGCUAAAGAAAGACGCCGGUCGGCAGAGAUGGGGGCAGUACUUCCGCAACAUGAAGAGGUCACGAGGAAGCUCCAAAUCUGACAAGGACAGCAUUCAGGAGGAGGGCAUGGACAGUGACGCAGAGGUGUCCUUCACAGAUGAACCACCGAUGUCAGAGCUUGGCCUCACUAACGGCAUCUACAGCAGCCUGAGUGAGUCCUCUCCAGCUAUGGGGGGCCGCCAAGGGGGAAACAACCACAGCUCCUUCCCCCUGGAGCACGGCGUCCUCCCUUCUCAAGACCAGUUCCAUGACAUCCGCUCCAACAGCCCCUACGGCCUUCCUCAGUCACCGGGGUCGCUUCAGGCACUACCCAGACACCAGCCUCUCAUCUCCAGCUUGGUCUACCCCGACUCCGGCCUUUCUAUCAUGACCCAGGGCAGCGGGCCGGGGAUCAACCCUGCCAUGAGGGUCUCCAUGGGGGCUGCUAAUGGCCCCAGCUCGGACCUCUCGACUGGCAGCAGCGGAGGAUACCCAGACUUUCCUGCCAGUCCUGCCUCCUGGUUAGAUGAAGUGGACCAUGGGCAGUUUUGAUUGGUCAUUGACAAGAAAUUGGACUCGUUUUUGUUUUUGUGUCUUCUGUUGGAUUUUAGGAAUUGGAAGAUAGUCACACUGGACAGUGAUUGUGCAAAGGACUAGAUUGCUGUCCUUGGAUCUCACAAAUGUCUGAUUAACAGGUUCAUUCAGUUUCUGGGAUUUCGAUGGAAGGAAGGAGGAUAAUGCCCAUCAUUAAAAGCACUUGGCCUAAAAAAUUGUCCUUUAAACCGUAUGUAAAGCAAGAAAUCUGUCAAAAAUGUUCAGUUUUCAGAUACCACUAUAAGCUUUUUCAAAGCAAUGAGGCUCGCUCAAUCAUUUGGCUAUUCAACAACUCCCCCUCUUUAUUCUCAUCUCUUUGAUUUCUGCACUGUGUUCAGAUGUAGAAUUCAGUUCAGCGUUCAGUCUUUAAAUGUCUGGUUGUUGCCAAAUGUCUAUAUAUAUAUAUAUAUAUAUAAAUAUAUAAUGGUUUAUCAUUGUGGAGAUUUUAUUUUUAUACAAACCCCUUCCUGGACACGAAUAAGAACCCAGAUAUGAGGACUUUGUACAUUCUUAAACAGGGAUAUAGGCAAAAUGUAGAUGUUGUCUUAAAUGGUACCUAGGGGUCCAAUUACUUCUAUGCAUUUGUGUGUUCUCAAAUGUAUCUCGUUCGUUUUGUUCUACAGAAAAAAAAAACCAAGGAAGAACUUGCUGUAGCACCCUGGGUUUGAUGUAUAUGUUUGUUUAUGUGGAAAAUGUUUUAUGUCUUAUUUAUUCCCUCUGGUAAUGAUGACGAUGAUGAUGAUUCCUGAUUAAAUAACAGGACUUUAAUAAAUUU